AUGAUGAGACAUGCCUGGAAAUCCUACAAGACGCACGCAUGGGGAUCCAACGAACUCCGUCCUCUGAGCAAAAGAGGCCACCAACCCUCCGUCUUGGGGCGUGCACCUCUGGGUGCUACUAUCGUAGAUUCAAUCGACACACUGUACCUCAUGGGUCUUGAUGAGGAGUACAAGGAUGCCAAAAAGUGGAUUGAAGAGUCUCUUAACUUUAACGUGGUAUGCCCUUACUAUCUGCCCGCUGUGAUUGCUGCCUUCUUAUUUGCCUCUCUUUUUUUCUUAGCACUGAUUAUUAGUGGCUCAUUAGUGACAAGAGAGAGAAAGGAAGAUAAGCCUUAUUUUGAAAAUAUCAUCCCAAAAUUUUCAAUAAAAAAUGUCCUUCAUUAA